CAAUUCGUCAAAUAUCCCCAACGGUAAAACUUUACUCUCUCUCUUUGCCUCCUUACAUUAUUGUCAUCCCAACUUGUUGCAAAUAUUCCACAAAUUACAAGAAUCAUUCGAUUCUCUCCCUUUCAUCUUCUUCAAUUCACCCAAAAAAACAUGGAAGCUCUAAUUCACCACUUCACUCUCCUCUCCGACCAAGCCCUUGUCGACAAAACAUUCGACCCUUCAAGAAUCGAAGACCUCAUGCGUCUCUUCGAAGUCGAUUCCUACAAAGCUUGGGCAGCUCUCGAGUCCGAACAGCAACAAGAACUCGAAGAAGCUGAAGAAUCUCUCCUUCAAGCCGAACUCGAACUCGAUCGGGAUAUGGAGUGGGGGAUGGAAGAGUAUCGGAGAACGUUGGAGGAGAUGGAGAGGAUGGAAGCAGCUGAGCUUAAAGAGCUUGAGGAAAAAGCAGAGACUGCUAGGAGAACUGGGAACUUAAUGGAGAAAGCUGCGACGAUCGCGGCGAAACGGCAUAUUGCGGCGGCGAUGGGAUCAGCGGCUGCGUCGAUGAGAUCGGCUUGGAAGACUGCAGCUGGGAAUAAGGUUCAUCCAUCUUGAUGAUGAUGAUAAGAUGACCGCAAUAUCACAUGAAAGCAUUGGUCCCCGUGUUAUUAUUAUUUAGGUGGAGAAGAACAUUUUAAAAUAAAUAAUUAUUUCCUUUGAUAAGCAUAUCCUUUAAUUAAGGUUAUUUUAAUUUUGCUAAAGAAUUAUGAAUAAUAUAUAGUUUAUUAUUAGGCUUAUAGUUUAUGUCCUUGUAAUUUGUAAUCAAUAUGUAUGUUUAUGUGAUUAUAGGAGACUCCUAAAAAAAAUGUGGUAGGGGUGAACCAAUUGAAGAUA